AUGGGAUUGAAUCGUGCAAACGAAAGGAAAAUGUUCCGGCUGUUACGGAAAACUUUAGUGAGCAUUUAUUUUUUAUUUCAUCUAUUUGCAUUAUUGAAUGCCAAGGAUUCUGAUAAGAACGAUUAUUUAUAUGAUAGUGAUAUGGAUGAAAAAAUAAGUGACCAACAAUCAUUGCGGAAUAAUGAAUUGUUACCUAAAAACGAUCCGGAAGAUGAUAUCAGUGGAAGAAAUAACAGUUUAUUUGAGAAAGGAAACGAAUCUGGUGCAAGCAGUGAUAGUAAUAUUAUGAAGCUAUUAACAAAUAAUUUGCUUGAUAUUGAGAAUGAUUCGAAUGAUAAAUUUACUGAUGAAGAAACUACAACAAACGAUCAAGGUAAAAAUGUCGCUUCCGAAAUUCUUGAUGAUAGCACUGAUAGUGAAUUACCAAUUUUAUGGAUAAAUACAACUUAUCAAGCUUAUGAUAUGGGUCUAGAUGUAACAAAAAUGGUUGAAUGUGCUGUAUGGAAUGUAUCAAUGCUAAUUAAUAGCACUGAUACAUCAUUGGAUCAAAUGAAUGUUACGGAGGAUGAUACAACUUGGACAACAAGCGAUGUAGAAAUUAUAAAUACGAGAAAACGUCUCCAAGAAUUGAAAUUGAAUGCAGACUUACUUGAUCAAUAUAAAGAAAUUGUAAUUGUCUUCGAAGAAAUCUGUAAGAAUUAUCCACGAGAAUUGUGGUUUUCAACAAUUGAAGAUGCACGUCAAUUAGGAAUAACAAAAAUUGAUUCAUUCAUUUGUGAUCCAUUCAAGGAAGAGUUGCAUCCCAGUGAGGAAAAAUUGCAACAAUUCGAGAAGCUUUUAAACGAAAUGACACAAAAUAUCACUUUAAAUGGAUUGUCCACGAAGUCUGAGGACAAUGUAACAUCUCAAACAAUUACACCAAAUACAUCAUCGAUAUCUAACGGACUCAGCUUGGCUCGACAUCUCAGGGAUGUAUCAAAGGAAGAGAGAAAUGUUGACGAAUUAGUGCCACUCAACAAUAAGGAUAGUUCAACAGAUUUGGAUAAGGAUUCAUGGAUCGAUGCUCAAGAGGAAUCUGGAGAUGAUGAGAAGGUGUUUAUCAAUGAUGAUGAUAAGGGCUUAAAAGCGCCAGUUGUAAUUAAAGUAGAUGGUAGCCUGCAACAAGCUCGAUUAUUAGUACAUAGUUGGAAUGCAAUUCAAGCAUUACGUCUAAAUAUACCGAAACACGUAUUUGAACGGCAUCAACUGAUCGGUUUAUUGCUUGAUGGUAUUUGCGCCGAUUUUGUGCCAAACGCUGUUAAUGAAUUCAAUGCAACCGAGUUCGAAGGAGUGGACAUUGAAGGACCAAUAGGAUUGAAUGUGACAACUUUGUCGUUAUCUGGCGUUAAUUUAACCGAAUUAGCUGAGAAGUUACGAAAUGAUACUGAAGUGGAUAUGAUACUUAGUAGAACGAUGUUCGAGGAAGAAACACUCGGUGGUUCAUUCAUUUUACCAGUUCUUCAAAAGAAUAAAUAUGAUCCAUUUUCUGCACCUAUUGUUUUUCAAGGUAGUGCGGUAGUUGUCCGCUUUGGAAUCUAUAUUGAAUCGAUGAGUAAUUUUCAAACUUCUACUAUGGACUAUGAUAUGGAUAUCUUUCUGAUGAUGGCAUGGCGUGAUGUACGACUGGUAAAUCCAUAUGAGAAAGCUAUUCUUGUUAAAGAGGAGGAAAUUUUAGAAAAAAUUUGGCGGCCUGAUCCAUUUUUUGCUAAUGCUAAAGAAGCUUCUUUUCAUGAAGUUACUUUUCUCAAUUUUCUGAUGCGAAUUUAUAACGAUGGAUUGGUACUCUAUGAGACAAGAAUAAAAUUGAAGCCAUCAUGUAAUCUCGUGCUCUGCAAAUAUCCACACGAUAAACAAACUUGUGAAUUACGAAUUAAAUCUUUUUCAUAUCCGUUAAAAACUGUACGAUUUGAAUGGUUUUCAAAUAAAUAUGAUGCAAUUGAUAAGAAUCCAGAUGUUACCUUACCUGAGCUUUACAUUCACCGCUACGAAUCAACAUAUUGCGAAAGAACAAGAAAAUCAGGUCAUUUUUCUUGUCUGAAAGCAGUUUUCCGAUUGAAACGUGAUGUUGGCUUUCAUAUCGCUCAAACUUAUAUACCAACUUCAUUGGCGCUAAUGUUUUCAUGGGUUGGUGUAUGGCUUCCAGAAGAGUUCAUGGAAGGACGUAUUGGUGUUGCAAUUACUGUACUUUUAACGUUAUCAACAGAAUCAGCUGGUGCUCGUGAACAUCUUCCAAGUGUUUCCUACAUGAAGGCAAUUGAUUUAUGGUUUGGUUUUAUUACAGCUUUUGUUUUCAUUACACUUCUUCAAACGCUUAUCGUUAUUGCAUUGGAUAAACGAGCCAAACAAUUGAGGAAGUCAGCAGAGAAGAAAAAAAGUGUAUUAACGGAGCAAUCACGAGAACUGAUGCUGGCUAGAGCUGAACAGUACCACAAACGCGGAAGGUAUUUGGAUAAUUUUUGUCGUUUAUUCUAUCCAUUAGGAUUCCUGAUAUUUCUAAUCGUGUAUUACUUCGUAUUCACCGAAGGGCGACAAAACGACUGCGUUUUAACUGGCUGA